AUGAUGGAGAGCGCUGUUAGUCAAGUUCUUAAAAAGAUUGAAAUCUUUGUUGAGGGCUAUCUUUCGUCCCCAAAUAGAGAUUCGUAUAGAAUGGUGGAGUAUUUAGUCGCUGACGAGGGAAAAUUAAAGUGGUUGGGCUCUCUGGAGGACUUAAAACUUUUUAUGAAGUCUUCGCUUCGCAUCGACGGUAGAUGGUGGCAACGCCAAAAAAUUUACGCUCAAAUCAGUCGAACUUUAUCAGCAGUUUGGCUUCGUUUGGUAUUGCAGAAAGCAGAAUACGAUAGUGUUUCAGGGCGAUCCUGAGAGCGUUGAAUCAGCGAAAUCAAAAAUUAUUUCGAUUGCAAACAAACAUGUAAACAAAGAGACUAUAUCGAUCGCUGUGAGUCAACAGUUAUUUUAUGAGGUGAACCGGCAUGUGCGUAGAUUAGAGCCGUGUUGUGAAGAAUUUCUGAGAGUUGAUUGUGAUGGUCCUGAUCGACGGGAGCAAGACCUGAACGUAACCUUUGUGGUUAAUGAAGAGGGCCAGACUGAAUAUACAUCGAGUUUAAUAAAUGGAUCUCGACAGUCUGCAUGCGCGUGUACAUGUAGUCAAGGUGAAAUUAUUGCAGAAAUAGAGGGUAUUAAACUAGAUUUGGCGUUCUUUAAGUCGCAAUCUUGUUUUGGUACAGAUAAUCAAUAUGAUUCUUUGCAAUCUAACAUUAAGUCAUUGCAAUCUACACAGAAAUCCCUUAAAAAUAUUAUUAAAACAAAAGACGAGACAAUAAAUUCACUUCAACAAGAAAUAUUUGUAUUUAAGUCCAAGCUUUUGACCUUGGAAACGCUAUUGUUUAAUGAUAAUCCUCAAUUGAACGCUUCCCUUGAUCUUGAUAGCCAGAUAUAA